UUGAUGACCAGGUGUGUAGCAGGUUCGAGCCCGGCUUGGAAGUUGUUUCUACUAUGAGCCAGGCACUGCCUGAGCACCUGGGUCCCACCAGUGAACAAAUAGACGACAGUCCCCGCCCCGGGGGACUAGCCUUUUCCUAGCAGGACACAGAACCCCAAACACUCACAGAAUAAAGAGCUUCCUGGCUCGAGGCCUUCACCCACUCAGCCUCAGCUUCCACGUCUGUAAAUGGGGAUAUCACAGCUGCAUUACAGGACUGUCAUUAGACUUUGUCGAUAAGCUGAACACAUAGAGAGCUCAGCACACAGAGAGCUUGACACGCUCAAUAUCCAUGCCUGGCGUGCACACUUCCAUGUGCGCCAGGUUCCAGCCGUCUAGUGUCCGGGAUGAAGCAGCACAUGUCAUCAUUGCUGCACCCAAGAUGGCAGGACGUCUCGCGGCCACGACAUCCCCUCUAUGGCCGCACAGUCUGAGUGGAGCACGCUGGAGAGGAAGAGGGGGGAAUGAGGCAGGUCUAGCCUGCUCCAGCCCAGCUGGACCCAGCCAGGGCAUCUGCAGGGAACCCCAGACUGAGGGCUCCUGGACUCUGGCCUCAUCCCUGCCAGGGAUGGGGUGGAGGCCAGACCACAGGGUUGGGCCCUUCUGAAGAGGGCACUCAAAACAAAGAGACGGCUGUGCCUCGUUUGUCAAAUGAAAUCAAUUACUAACCCACAGGGCUGAAAUCGAUUCCUAACUCACUCUGCAGCAGGGACUCAGCUCAGCAUUUCACAAACACUGUCUCACCCAGACUCACGAGAGCCCUAAGAGGUGGACACUGUCAUUCCCAUGUGACAGGUGGAAACACCAAGGCCCAGGGAGGCCAAGUGACUUGCUCAAGGUCUCCCAGCUGGUUGAUGGCAGGGCAGAGCCCCAUCUGUCUGACUCCAGAGCCUGGGUGCCCAUCCCCCGUGGCCAGGGAACACCCACUCCCUCCCAGAGCAGCUUCCUGUUCUUGGGAGGCUCUAGGUGGGCCUGAGGCACCGUGGGCUGGCUCCAUGGUUGGAAGAGAAGUUGCAGCCCCCUGCCUUCAUCUGGGCGAGCAGACAAGCCUUGGCCACUGAGAAUCAGGAGACGGAGGAGCUCACUUCUGACUCUUCUGGUCAGCUUAAAUUGGCAGCUUCCCCCAUUGAGCCCAGGCCCAAUCAGCCCUAAAAGGGCUGUGGAGACUUCGGGUUCCCACAGGUGGUGCAGGUGGGAGCAGGGAUACCUCCCUCACAUCCCGAAUCCUCAGCUGGGCCCUCUGGGUCUGCGUUCUGGGUUUGCAGCCUCUCGCCCCCUGGGCCCCAUGCAGCCACACGGGCCUCCUGGGCCUCCUGCAAGGCAGGCUCUCCCCGAAUGGGACUCCCCCUUUGUUCUUCCUUCCUGGGGGCAGCCGUCCCUGAUUCCCAGACCAGACCCAGAGCCCCCAGAGCCCCGCUUCUAGGAUCCUGCCACACAUUUUGCACACCUGUGACCACUUACACGUGUCCUUCUUUCCAUCCCCACUGAGCUGUGAGCUUUUUGCAGUGCGCCCAGCGCUGACACACUGCCAGGCGCUCGGAAACUAUUUACGGGUGGCCUGAAGCUGCUGUCACACUCCCGUCCUUUGCGAAGUUCCAGGUAGUGGAGGCAACCUCCAAGAGGCAAUCCAUUACCAACCAACUCAUGACCCCUCCCUCCGGUGGAAAUCAGAGCUCACGGAUUGUCGUUUGAUUGGACUGUGAUGCGCUGAAGCUGAAUUCAAGACUGAUUUAAAAAAAGACCUGCCAGCUGAAUGAAUGCUGUCACAGAGGGAGGAGCUGGACCUGGCCCCAGGGACCCAAGAUGAUGCUGUCAGUGACGUCGUUCACUCCAUCUGGUGCCCAAAGAGGCCUCGGCCCGAGCAACACCGUCCAGUUUACAGGACCAGGUCCAAGCUGCCAGGCCGCUGGGGCAGGCAGGCCUGGCUUGCAGGGGUCUGGACGGCUCAGAGGGAAGCUGGUAAAAGCAGGGUAAGCCCAGGUCCCACCUCUGCCCCUUCAGAGGCCAAGGCCACUGCAGAGUCCAGAGCAGCCGGAGGACUACAUUUCCCAGAGUUCCCCAAGCCCAGGGAUGAGCCAUUGGCCGAUUUAAAUAGCCCAGGCCCGAGGCAGCCAGGCCGCAGCUGUGGACUCCUCACCUCCCGGAGGCUCUGCUGGUGCAGGCCCCGCAUUGGAGGGCUCGAUUGGCUGCCCGGCUGGCACUGACGUCCCCUUGGAGCUGGGUGGCAGCGGAGAUAAACAGCCAUGUGCAACUCUCCACACUAUAUUUAACAGCUGCGGCGGAGAAGGCAGGGAGGCAGCCACGGUGGCGGCUCUGGGGGCAGCUCUUGUCUUCGGGGAGAAGGCCCUUGGAGCCGGGCUGGCAUCGGCCUUCUCGGGGUGAGCGAGGUCACCAUGCCAGCUUCCCAGAGCCGGGCCCGUGCCCGGGACCGCAACAACGUCCUCAACCGGGCUGAGUUCCUGUCCCUGAACCAGCCCCCCAAGGGGGGCCCGGAGCCCCGCAGCUCAGGCAGAAAGGCCUCGGGCCCAUCAGCACAGCCCCCACCUGCUGGUGAUGGGGCCAGAGAGCGACGCCAGUCACAGCAGCUGCCAGAGGAGGACUGCAUGCAGCUGAACCCCUCCUUCAAGGGCAUCGCCUUCAACUCCCUGCUGGCCAUCGAUAUCUGUAUGUCCAAGCGGCUGGGGGUGUGCGCUGGCCGGGCGGCGUCCUGGGCCAGUGCCCGCUCCAUGGUCAAGCUCAUCGGCAUCACGGGCCACGGCAUCCCCUGGAUCGGAGGCACCAUCCUCUGCCUGGUGAAGAGCAGCACACUGGCCGGCCAGGAGGUGCUCAUGAAUCUGCUCCUGGAUUAGCACCGCCCUGUGCCAGGUGCCACGUGGGGCCCAUGUGGAGGCAAGCCAUUCCCUCCACCCAGAGGUGAUGCCCAGCCCCCGUCCGGCCCACCCUUCGGACACCACCAGGUCCCCAAGGUGCCCCAGGAAGCUUCCACCCUCCAUGCCAGGCCCGCAUCGAUUUCCUUGUCUUUCCCAGUGUGGCCAUCAUUUGAGGGACAUGUGAGGUGGAGGUCUCAGGCAAGGUAAACAUUAACAAGGGGUCUCAUUUCCAAAAGGGCAUUGGGUUGGACCACGGAGAACAUCGGUUCCAGAGGAAGUUAACAAUAAAAACAUGUAUCUCCCUGCUCUAGUCUCAGUCUGGAGGCUCUAUGCUCUCUGGGUGGGACUCGGGGAGGCAGAAACCAUUGGAUACUUCAUGCAGGAGAUGGCUGGGUCUGCCACCUUCGAGGUUUUCUUGUUCCUUUUUUUUUUUUUUUUUUUUAGACAGAGUCUCGCUCUGUCGCCCAGGCUGUAAGGCUGAAGUGCAGUGGCGCGAUCUUGGCUCACUACAACCUUCAGCUCACUACAACCUCCGCCUCCCGGGUUCAAGCAAUUCUCCUACCUCAGCCUCCCAAGUAGCUGGGAUUACAAGCGCACACCACCACACCCAGCUAAUUUUUGUAUUUUUAGUAGAGAUGGGGUUUCACCAUGUUGGCCAGGCUGGUCUCAAACUCCUGACCUCAGGUGAUCCACCCGCCUUGGCCUCCCAAAGUGCUGGGAUUAUAGGCGUGAGCCACCGUGCCCGGCCAGUUUUCUUGUUCUUAUUACUAAAUUAUUUACAUUACAAUAACUUAUGAUUUACUCCUGAAUAAACAGUCUCACGAGGUUGGUGCCAUUAUCAUGCCCAUUUUACAGAUUAGGGAACUGAGGUUCCUAUAAAUAAAGCAACCUGGCCCAGCCUCAGGGCUUGAGAUUUGCACCGGCUCCAGCUGACACACAGGCCUCUGCUCUUCCAGGUGCUGUGCCACGGGCGUGGGAGGGAGGGACAGAGCAAAGUGGCCGAGGCACUAGGCCAGGCGCUUCCAGGGGCAGAACCUGCUCUCAUUAUCCACAGUUUCACACAGGGCCACGUGGCUCAAGAAGACUGUUGGGAUUUAGAGAGGUAGGUUGCCUGCUGUCAGAAGAUGGGGUGGGAAGGCAUACACUCCAGUCUGUCUCUCAACCCUGCUCCCUUGACCCCAUCUCUUCCUUCCCACCUUCUUUCCCCAUGUGACAAGGGAGGUGAUGAAGAUGUCAUUGGUUGAGUGCUUACCGUGUUCCAGGGCUUUGCAUAAACCAUAUCAUUACUUCUGAUCUUCACCAUAACCCAUGGAGCUUGGUGCUGUUAUUAUUCCCCACUUAAAGAGGGGGAAAUUGAGGCAUGGGGUGACGAUGGUUCUAAGGUCGUGCAGCUAGUCAGUGAUGGAGCCAGGAGCAGAACCGGGAGCAACUCUAGCUUUGCUUUGCGUUUUCAGAGGAGAGGGAGAGGGAACCAGCUCAGACUGUGUGAAGCUUCCAGCAGGGGGAGGAUCAGAAAAGAAAGGAGGUGCAUCUCAACUUACCCACAGUCAGUGGAUGCUCUAGUAAGGGGGUGAGCUCCCCGUGGUAGGAGGUAUGCAAGCAAGCUGCCUCACAUCACCAAGUAAAAUAGCUCUGCUUUGAUUUGUUUUUUUUUUUACAGGCAUGUUUGCUUUUAAGAACAUUUCCCCUGCCCCAAACAUUGAAAAAUUUGCAACCUACUUGUUAAGAUAAGGC